AUGACCGGCGACAUUUGCUCGAAGGACGCGUGGAGCAAGCCGAACAUCAAGGGCACGCCGCCGUCGCCUCGCGACAGCCACACGAGCACGGUGGUGGGCAGCAGGAUGUUCGUCUUCGGCGGCACGGAUGGGUCGUCGGGACUCAACGACCUCUACAUGCUCGACACCUCAACCAACACGUGGACGCGGCUGGCGGCGCAGGGGGACGUCCCAGCAGCGCGCGAGGGGCAUGCAGCAGCGCGGGUGGAGGGGCUGGUGUACGUGUUUGGCGGGUGUGGCAAGGCGGGCGAGGGGGGGACGGUGGACGAAACCGCGGCCGCACACAAGGGGCAUGCAGCAGCGCGGAUGGAGGGGCUGGUGUACGUGUUUGGCGGGUGUGGCAAGGCGGGCGAGGGGGGGACGGUGGAUGAGACGUAUUACAACGACGUUCAUGUGUUCAACCCUGACACAAUGCGGUGGGCGAGGGUGGCGACAACAGGCACGGCGCCAUCACCCAGGGACAGCCACAGCUGCUGCGCGUGGGGCAACCAGCUGAUUGUGUUUGGCGGGGAGGACUCGCGCAACUGCUACCUCAGUGACGUCUUUGUGCUAGACACCAGCUCGCUGAUGUGGAGGGAGGUGAGGGCGAGGGGGCAGAAGCCCCUGCCGCGAGCAGGGCAUGUGGCGGUGACAGCAGGGCGCUACAUGGUGGUGUUUGGGGGCUUCACGGAUGAGCGCCGCCUCUUCAACGACCUGCAUGUGCUCGACCUCUCAUCGGAGCACUGGCAGCAGUACACACCCACAGGGGACGUGCCUUCGCGCCGCUUCUCCCUGUCAGCCGACCUGCUGGACACAGUAUCGGGCAAGAUGAUGCUCUUUGGGGGCUGCAAUGACGACUUAGAAGCUCUGGAAGAUGCCUACUUCCUGCAUACAGGUACGGGCUGCUCACAGGUGUGGUAUAGCAUACACAUGGGUAAGAUGUUGUUGCUGGGAGCUGACCUGCUGGACACAGUAUCGGGCAAGAUGAUGCUCUUUGGGGGCUGCAAUGACGACUUAGAAGCUCUGGAAGAUGCCUACUUCCUGCAUACAGGUACGGGCUGCUCACAGGUGUGGUACAGCAUACACAUGGGUAAGAUGUUGUUGCUGGGAGCUGACCUGCUGGACACAGUAUCGGGCAAAAUGAUGCUCUUCGGGGGCUGCGACAACGAUUUGGAGGCUCUAGAAGAUGCCUACUUCCUGCACACAGUUUUCGGGUCGCAUGCAGUGGAGUUUCCCCGGCCACGCGUGCGGCGAAGGUCCUUCGACUCGAUGCCCAUGCCCAUGGAUGCACGCAUGGGCAUGGAUGCUGGCGUGGGCAUGGGGGGAGGGGCCACGCCCAUGGGCAUGCGCGGCAAAAGGGGGGAGAGUGGAGAGGGCGCGUGGAGGUGGGGCGCGGAGGGUGUGUAUGAGGCUGGCGGCAUGGAUGAGGAUGAUGAUGGGUAUCGACCCCCUGCCAGACGCAUGCGAGUCCCACAAGUCUCACCAGCCUUGCCGCCCGGGCUGCACCCAGCGGACCUGAUAGCGCCAGCGGGCAGGGAGGUGCCGUUUGAGGCGCAGAUCGUCGAUGUCUUCCACCUUGGCUACUGCCUGCGCGCCACUGUGGCCGGCCGCCCCCUGCACGGGCUGCUCUUCUCCUACGACCCUUCUUUUGCCCAGGCUGCCUUUGCCCGCCAGGCGCAGUAA